UUUUGCGAUUAAGCAGUUGUAUCAGUCGUCAGAUAGUGUGUAAAGUACACAGUCAUACAAAACCAUAGUAGAACUAACAAGUGAACAAAAUAAUAAAAUAAAAUAAUUAAAUAAUCAUUCAACAAUUACAGCUGAAAAUUUCCAACAAACCGGCAUAUCGAGUGUUUUACAGUGGAAAUUAGAACAACAAUAACAUUGACAACAUGUUGGGCAUCAAUUAUUUAACAGAAGCCCAUUUAAAGGGCUUUGAAAAGUACAAGUAUAGCAGCAUAGACACCAGUUAUCUCAGUGUAUAUGUUAUGCACCCAUUUUGGAAUAAAUGUGUUGAGUUCCUGCCACGAUGCGUAUUAUGAUUGGAAUUUUGAUUCGGCAAAUCAGCCGGUAAAUCCAGUACCGGGUUGGGUGUGGUCAGUGGAAGCAUUAAAUAUUUUACUUUAUUAUAAUUUAGAUGGCAUGGAUGGCAAACAGGCGCGCCGUACCGGUACUAGUGGUCCUUUGGGUGAAUUAUUCGAUCAUGGUUUAGAUUCAUAUUCCGCUGUACUGAUACCUAUUUAUAUGUUUUCCUUAUUCGGUUCGGAAGAUUUACCACCCAUACGCAUGUUUUUCGUUAUAUGGAAUGUUUUCUUAAAUUUCUAUUUGACACAUGUGGAGAAAUAUAAUACCGGUGUUAUGUUUUUACCCUGGGGUUAUGAUUUCACCAUGUGGGGCGUUAGCUUGACUUUGUUUUUGACUACUAUUCUUGGACCUGGCAUUUGGAGAUAUCGCACAUUUUUCAAUUUAUCUAUGGCCAAUUUAUUUGAAUUGGCUUUAGUAGGAUCGGGUGUUUUUACAAGUCAUCCGAUUAUUAUUAAAAAUAUAUACAUGUCCUAUAAAAAUAAAACGGGUAAAAUGAGACCCUUCAUGGAAGCGGCUCGUCCCAUGUUUGCUUUUCUUUGGCUGUUUUUAUUAACCACCAUUUGGGUAUUAUUCUCACGUAAUCAUAUUUUAGAAUUAGAACCAAGAAUUAUGUUCGUAUUAUUCGGUACAUUAUUCUCGAAUAUAGCGUGCCGCUUAAUUGUGGCUCAAAUGUCUGAUACCCGCUGUGAUGGUUUCAAUAUUUUAAUGUGGCCUCUGGUGGCAACUGUCGCUGUUAGCUGUUUUCCCUGGUAUAAGGAUGUAAUGGGUACAGAAUUACCCGUAGAUAUAGAAAGAUGGAUUAUGCAGGCUUUAACGAUAUUUGUAACAAUUGCCCAUUUACACUAUGGCCAAGGAGUGGUCCGUGAAAUGUGUAGUCAUUUUAAAAUUCGCUGCUUUAAAAUUAAACCACAAACACCACCGGAACAAGAAAUGCAAUUGCCAAAUGGAACUGUUUAAAAAGGGGAAAAAAGACAGCAUUUUCUUUUUUAAUUUUUGGGAACAAAUUUACCUUUAAAAUUUAGUUGUAAGAUUUUAAAAUUAUUAAAUAAAACAAACAACAAAUAUUUACAUUUUAA